UAUAAAAGCACUUGGGAUGUUGGAACUGUCAUGAACCAAGCUAAAACUCAAACAAAAUGGUGAGUGUUACUAAAAGAGUUGUCUUGUUAUCUUUGCUUUGUUUUAAUGUGUUUGUAGUAAAUGUGAUUGCUAAAGAAGUGGUGAGUACGAAAGAGGAGGAAGAGAAGUACUUAACACAGGGAGGUGGCUUUGGAGCUGGAGGCGGGGGUGGUUUUGGAGGAGCUGGAGGUGGUGGUGGAUUCGGAGGUGGGCAUGGUGGUGGUGCUGGUGGAGGCUUUGGUAAAGGUGGUGGAUAUGGUGGUGGGAUUGGCAAAGGAGGAGGUGUUGGUGGUGGAUACGGAGGUGGCAUAGGAAAGGGUGGUGGGAUUGGCAAAGGAGGAGGUGUUGGUGGUGGAAUCGGAAAGGGUGGAGGAUACGGAGGUGGCAUAGGAAAAGGUGGUGGGAUUGGCAAAGGAGGAGGUGUUGGUGGUGGAAUCGGAAAGGGUGGAGGAUACGGAGGUGGCGUAGGAAAAGGUGGUGGGAUUGGCAAAGGAGGCGGAUAUGGAGGUGGAAUUGGUAAGGGAGGAGGCCAUGGAAUUGGUGGGGGGCAUGGUGGUGGAGUCGGCGGAGGAAUUGGAAAAGGUGGUGGAUUUGGCGGCGGUGCCGGAGGUGGAUAUGGCAAGGGUGGUGGUUUUGGAGGUGGAGUAGGUGGUGGAGCUGGAGGUGGAAAGGGCGGUGGUUUUGGAGGUGGUGGGGGCGGUGGUUUUGGAGGUGGUGGGGUGGUGGAAAUGGACACCAUUGAUAUUACAAGCUUCACGAUGCAUGCAUGCAUGGAUCAACAUUCAAUAUAUAUUUAUUAAUCCAAAAUGAGGCAUCUAAAUAAAUAUUGUUUUAACUCUUCCUAUGUGCUCUACCUACUUUAAUGUACGACAACAAAAUAAAUAUAUGUGAGUUUUAAAAUAUCAAA